GUGAGUUGCCCUCACUUAACAUGGCGUUGGCCAGUCUGCUGGAGCCGCAAUUCCUCUCGAAUGGGCCCGGUUUUUUCGGCCCCCGCGGUGGGGCGAAGAUGUCCGGGGACCUGGCGUUGGCCGCCCCUUACGCCGGGCUGACGGCGGGCGACGCCAAAAUCGAGCUGGAACACGGUACCACCACCCUGGCUUUCAAGUUCCAGCACGGCGUGAUUGUGGCGGCGGACUCAAGAUCCACGGCCGGCGUCUAUGUCGCCUCGCAGACGGUCAAAAAAAUCAUCGAGAUUAACCCUUACCUGCUGGGCACCAUGGCUGGCGGGGCGGCGGACUGCAGCUUCUGGGAGCGGCUCCUCGCCCGGCAGUGUCGGAUUUACGAACUCCGCAACAAGGAGAGGAUCUCGGUGGCGGCUGCCUCCAAGCUCUUGGCCAAUAUGGUGUACCAGUAUAAAGGCAUGGGCUUAUCCAUGGGCACCAUGAUCUGUGGCUGGGACAAGAGAGGACCAGGUCUCUAUUACGUGGACAGCGAAGGGAAUCGUAUCUCGGGAACUGUCUUCUCGGUGGGCUCCGGUUCGGUCUACGCCUACGGGGUGAUGGAUCGCGGCUACUCUCACGACCUCGCGGUGGAAGACGCCUACGACCUGGCCCGCCGGGCGAUCUAUCAAGCCACAUACCGCGAUGCUUACUCGGGCGGCUCGGUCAACCUGUACCACGUCCGCUCGGACGGCUGGAUCCAUGUCUCCAGCGACGACGUCUCGGAACUGCGAGAAUUGUUCCUCGACAUGUCCGCAGAAGCCGUGGCUUGAAACUGUGGACCGAAAGGGUCGCGGGCGGGGGGAGGGGGCAGCAGGCUGUGAGGGUCUACCAAGGGGUGUAUUUUCAAAGCCGUUGACAAACGAAAUUUGUAAUUCCCGACAGUUCGCAAGUGGUUGAAGAGGUGUUGACCAGUGAUUUAUGUUAAUAAAAUCUCCUGUUUCUUUGGCAUUAAACUUUGCUUAUCCAAGC